GGAGGGUCUCAUGGGCGGACUGCAGUCAGUUUAUGUGGGGCCUGUGGUCAGUUGGGGGGUGUGGUCAGCCAUGGUAGGGGGUAGAACUCCAGGCCACAAGCCGCCUAAAUGAGGCCUAUGCACCCUGGCCUCAAACCCUUGGGUGAGGGGUCUGGCCCCUUGGGGUUCAGGGCCAGGUCAUGGAGGAACCAGAGUUCUGGGGUGCCUCCUUCCUGUGGAGAGGAACUGGGCUGGCCGGGCUGACAGGUCCAGCGGCAUAGCCGAGCUGACACUCAUCUGCAGCAUAUAACCCACUUCAUGGAGCCCCGAACGUCGUGCUCGAGCACUCGGAACUCCUGCCACCGCUGUCCCCUGCCCGUCGGGCGCUCCAGCCAGGCCAAGACCAUGAGGCAGGUGCUAGCCGUGGUCCUGCUCAUGCUGCUGCUGCGGUCCGGGACUCGGGGAGGCGAGGCACUGAACGCCUGCGGCCGCCGGAGGAUGCUGAACCGGAUGGUGGGCGGGCAGAAUGCCUUGGAGGGCGAGUGGCCCUGGCAGGUCAGCAUUCAGAGAAACGGAAGCCACUUCUGCGGGGGCAGCCUCAUCACGGACCGGUGGGUCCUCACCGCCGCGCACUGCUUCUCCAACACCUCGGAAACAUCCCUGUACCAGGUCCUGCUGGGGGUGCUGCAGCUGGCGAGGCCAGGGCCACACGCCGUGUAUGCCCGGGUGAAGCGGGUCGAGAGCAACCCCCAGUACCAAGGCAUGGCCUCUAGCGCCGACGUGGCCCUGGUGGAGUUGGAGGCACCUGUGACCUUCACCAACUACAUCCUCCCCGUGUGUUUGCCUGACCCCUCAGUCGUCUUUGAGUCGGGCAUGAACUGCUGGGUCACCGGCUGGGGCAUCCCCGGUGAACAAGACAGCCUGCCCAAACCCCGGACCCUGCAGAAGCUUGCCGUGCCCAUCAUCAGCACGCCCAAGUGCAAUCUGCUCUACAGCAAGGAUGCAGAGUCCGGCUUCCAGCCCAGAACCAUCAAGGACGACAUGCUAUGUGCGGGCUUCGCUGAGGGCAAGAAGGAUGCCUGCAAGGGAGAUUCCGGGGGCCCCCUGGUGUGCCUCGUGGGCCAGGUGUGGCUGCAGGCCGGGGUGAUCAGCUGGGGCGAGGGCUGCGCCCGCCGGAACCGCCCAGGUGUCUACAUCCGGCUCACCUCCCACCACGACUGGAUCCACCGGAUCAUCCCAGAGCUGCAGUUCCAGCGGGCAGGGCCAGGCGGUGCCCAGAAGCGGGACCCCCGGACCCGGCAGCCCCUCGGUUGGAACUCUGCACGCUACCCUGCCGCCUGAGCCGUCCUGGUCCUUGCAGCCCUGCUCGCCUUGCUCUGAGCCUUGCUCAGGCCGGUGGGCAGCGGCCGCCCAGGUCCAAGGUGUACAUUUGUAAAUAGCCCUCCAGUUCCCCCUCCUCUCAAGUUCCUGCUUAUUUUUAUUUAUGUUCACUCUCCAAUAAAGACCCAACCUCAGGGCUGGCUGCCUGGGUG